GGGGUGUAGGGGGGGCCGGGGGUGGAGUAGGGUGAAAUAGAGGCGGGCGUGUGUCACCGGGUAGAUACCCGCGGCCAGGUACAGGCGGAGGCACUGACGAUACGGGAGUGGAUGCGCUCUGGGCUGGUGCUCCCGGGGAGUGAGCACACGAGCAGCCACCGCCCGCCCGCCCGGAGCCGCCCGCGGGUCACUCGCCCUGCGCCGGGGCGGGCAGCCCGUCCGCGCCGCGCCCGCCGCCAGCCCCAUGGCCACCCGGGUGCUGACCAUGACCGCCCGCCUGGGGCCCGUGCCGCAGCCCGACGAGCCCGUGUUCGCGCAGCUGAAGCCCGUGCUGGGCGCCCGGGAGGCAGUGAUCUUCCCCGGAGAGGACCUGAAGCAGCAGCAGCAGCCGCAGCAGCACCCGGGCGGCGGCGGGGGCGGCGGCGCGAACCUGCCGGCGGAGGAGAUGGUGCAGACGAGAUGUGAAAUGGAGAAAUACCUGGCACCUCAGCUCCCGCCCGUCCCCGUCAUCCCUGAACAUAAGAAAUACAGAAGAGACAGUGCCUCGGUUGUAGACCAGUUCUUCACUGACAGCGAAGGGUUGCCUUACAGCAUCAACAUGAACGUCUUCCUGCCCGACAUCAGCCACCUGAGAACUGGCCUGUACAAAUCCCAGCGACCCUGUGUAACCACCCACAUCAAGACAGAGCCAGGCAGCAUGUUCAGCCACCAGAACGAAACUACUGCCCCUGCCCCUGCCCCUGCUCCCACUCAGGCCCUCCCAGAAUUUACCAGCAUCUUCAGCUCCCACCAAACCCCUGAUGUGAACAACAUUUUCAUCAAGCAGGAGCUUCCUACUCCCGAUGUCCACCUUUCCAUCACGCCCCAGCAGGGCCAGUUGUACCAGCUGCUGAGCUCGCCGGAUUUGGAGAUGCCCAGCGCCGCUCCGCAGGCAGCCGUGAUGGACUCGCUUAGCAGUGUCUCCAUGCCCUCGGCCAUGGCCGGCCUCAACACGCUCUCCUCGGCUGUUCCACAGACUGCCAUGAAACAGUUCCAGGGCAUCCCCCCCUGUACCUACACCAUGCCAAACCAGUUUCUGCAGCAGCAGGCCACUUACUUCCCUCCCUCGCCCCCAAGCUCAGAGCCUGGAAGUCCCGACAGACAAGCAGAGAUGCUGCAGAAUUUAACCCCUCCUCCAUCAUAUGCCGCAACUAUAGCUUCCAAGCUGGCCAUUCACAACCCGAAUUUACCAGCGACUCUGCCCAUAACCCCCCAGAACAUCCAACCUGUCAGAUACAACAGGAGAAGUAACCCAGACUUGGAGAAAAGGCGUAUCCACUACUGUGACUACCCAGGCUGCACAAAAGUUUAUACAAAGUCUUCCCACUUAAAAGCGCACCUGAGAACUCACACAGGUGAGAAGCCCUACAAGUGCACGUGGGAAGGCUGCGACUGGCGGUUCGCGCGCUCCGACGAGCUGACGCGCCACUACAGGAAGCACACGGGGGCCAAGCCCUUCCAGUGCGCCGUCUGCAACCGCAGCUUCUCCCGCUCCGACCACCUGGCGCUCCACAUGAAGAGGCACCAGAACUGAGAGCUGGACUGCUCCCUCGGGCUGCUCUGUAUCUAUGCAAUUUCCUAUUGACUCUCGACGUGCGACUGAGAUUAGUUGAGUUUUUGAGUAUAUCCAUUUAAAAGAGAUCUUAAAAGGAACUGGAAAUGUAUAUUUUGUAUAUUUAUGCAGAAAAAGGGAAGACACUGUAUCAGAAUUACCAGAGUGUUCGGUCAUUUGUUUGCUUUCAUGAUGUAUAUGGCUUUAGUCAGCAGGUUUCAUCUCUUUACAAGUAUUAUAUCUCGACACAUUGCAGCUUUAUACUUUUUUUUUUUUUCCUCUAGCAGUGUUUUGACCAAAGCACUGUCAUUAUUGUGACAAUGUUUAUUAAACAAAUUAACAAGAGGAUGCAGAUGAAUGCACACAGUGGAAAAGCCAUGAACUGUAAUCUGUCAGGUUUUUACUGGACAUACUUAAGUACACGUGGGUUUUUUUUUUUUAAUGUUAAGCCAUUCUGUGGAUAUAAAAUACAUAGAAAAAUCCAUAAACAGCCAUAGAACAAAGUGUUUUGUUCUGUGUGUUGCAUGUUUGCUAUGACAAAGAUUUUGUAAAUAUGCAAAUCAGCUUUUUAGGUUUAAUACAGAAGUUUUCUAAGAAACAUCUGAAAACAGUUGUUUUACAUUUGAUAACAUGGCACAUUUAUAAAAAAAAGUUACUUAAAUACCUCUCAAAAUAGUACCAAUUUAGUCAGAUGUUUUGUACCUGUUAACUCAAUGGUGUGCACUGAAUAUUCAAAGCAGGAGUUUGUUUUCAAAUUGCGUAAAAGGGCAAAAAAUGCAGAAUGAACUGUAAAGUCAAUGUUGGAAUCUGAAAUAGCGGGGAUAGCUGAAAUGAACACAGAAUGUUAAACCUCUUACUAUAAGCUAAACUUAGUAUCACUUUAAAAGGAAGGAUUUAGGAUGCAGUUUUCAUACACAGACAUGUUAAGCUGGUUCAGCACCAGUAUGAUUUAGUUUCAUGUGGAUAUUGGAUGUAAUUUACUAGAAGGUAAAGGAUACAGCAAUUUUUUUUUUUUUAAAUUACAGUGCAGUUUAGUUAAUCCACUGUUCAGAUUGACACACACAGGGAAAAAUUUACUGCUGACAGAAGUAGCUGAAACUCAACUGAAGUCAAUGAAAUGGUGCCCUUUUAUGCUAACAAUGACUUUGAUCCACCGUGCUCAGCCUUGAAAUUGUAGAUGGAGGGCCAAAGAUGAGGUUAGACCAGGUAGGAUUUGGCCAGACAACAGGAGAAAACCAAACAAACCUAAUAAGUGUCUGAACUUCACAAGCCGUAAUACUAAGCUGUCAACCAAAGGCUAGAAUAGACAAUCAGAAUACCAAAAAAAGGGUCUUGCAGGAAAAACUAGCUUUGUUAAAACUGUUGUUUGUCUUUAUUUAUUUGUGGUAUAUGAUAGACUCUUUUUUUUUUAAGACAAUUUUAUGUAUACUUGAUAAAUUAUAGUUUUGUUUGUUAUAGUUAGAAAUGUUGCUCUCAAUGUAAAUAGUUGAAAAACGAUGUAAAUAAUUUUGUAAGGCUUCAAAUGUUUAUACGUCAAAACACAUGCAGAAAUUGGUUGCUGUUUUGCUUCUUUUGCCUCCCCCCUACCUUAUUUUUGUAUUGUGGUAUUUCCUAUGCAAAUGAUGGAGCAAACAGCUGUAUAGUUGUAGAAUGUUUUGAGAGAGAAUGAAAUCGUUUAUAUAUAAAGACUUUUUUUUUUUUUUUUUGCAAAAUAAAACAAAGUGCCU